AUGGGUGAAAAAACGGGUCAAACACCAACUUCUUUGGGACAGACUCUGGGGAAAGCAGAUUUCACCCAAAGACCAAUGUCUUUACGAAAAUUUCUGGAGCCGUUUGACCACAGCAGUCUCACGGAUGCCGAGGCCGGAGACAAGUAUGCUUCCUACAAGGCUAGCUUUGCGAAACAGCAACUAGAGGAUUUUUUUGAGAAGCACAAAAACCUCGCUUGGUAA